AAAAUUACAAAAUUAUAGGAUCUAGACGUGGUGCUAUCCAUACAACAAGGGGUUAUAGCUAUUUGAAGCGGAAAGAGAAAGAAGGAUGCAGGAGUCACUAUAUCACAUUACCGCUUCGACCUUGGUUUGGAAGGAUCAUCGUGCAUCGGCUCUGUGAAAUCCAGAUCGGUUACUUACUGAAAAAUCAUAAAUUAGACGGAGUGUCGCUUGUUCAUUUCACAUGAAGUAUCCCUAACGAAUUUAUUUCUCCGAUAUCCCGCUGAGUCUCUCUCAUCAUCAAAGAUUCAACAUCCGUGAUCGCGGGGUGGACGAAGCAUAUAGAGAUCAAUGUGCUAGUAGAUGAAAUAUUCGAAACAAAACCGUUGAAAAAUUAUUUACGUACGUGAUACGCUUAAUCCGAAUCUCCAGACAACGUGUUUAAGAUGGAAAUGCUUCAGAUGGCAAAAUCGAGCAACGACUUUGGAUUAAGGAGACAAUUUCCAUGGUCUACCUCUGACCCAAAAAGUCCUUGGAUAAUAAAAAUAAAUCGGUCUGCAGAAGAAUCUUAUGUAAAGAGCUUACUCAAACCCACAUUACAUCGUCGCGACAAAAUACAGAUUUAUCGCGUAGAAAAUCCGUACCUUUGGGCUCGUUACAUACUUCGCCAUGAAGAACUCAAUGCCAAUACAGGACCUCCCAUUGUUAGUGAACACAUCGUAUUCCAUGCUACAGAUUGGAGCAAAGCAUUGCAAAUAGUUGAUGAAAACUUCAAUUGGCGACUUGUUACACGUGCUCGUUUUGGCCAAGGUGUUAGCUUUUCAAAAGAUCCAAGCUAUGCCGACAGAUAUGCUUCAGAACAAGGAGUGUGGAUGAUAACUGGGAUACCCGUUGGACAUAAAUCCAUAGGGAAUUAUUAUACCGUAAUUCCUCCCCCUGAACAUGAUACUACCGGAGACAGAGCUGAUAAAGUCUACGUUAAAUACUACGAUGACGACUUCUAUCCUUACUACUUGGUACACAGGACUUAUUAUUACGAGUUUGGAAUUGGACGUGAAUAUGAUGACUAUUCCGAUUAUGUCGACUACAAUUAUUAUUAGUAGUCAGUUUUUUGACUUGAUAAAAAUAAUGAGUAUUUUCAGUUUUCUGAAGUCUAAUCCCAUCAUUUAUUAAGAUUUUCCAUAGCAGAAUGUAUUUGUAAUAGCAGUACUAUUAGAACAUAUUGUAGUUAUUCAUGACGUUGUGCAAGUCUUGACCAUUAUCUAAGCACAAUGUAAUUCUAAGUCCUCUCGUAAUUGAUUACAGAAAAUAAAUGUCGAACAAAAACUUUACCGCAUUAAAGUGAUGUUUAUUACUUCCAAAUAUUACGCAUCAUGGGCACGUACGCUUCAUAAAAUGAAGUUCUUAACCAGCGGCUACAAUGGCUUACUCAAUGAAGUGAACAAUAGUCGCGAUCAUGACGAAAAUUAAUAUCACUAGAAUAUAGAUCUUGUUCAGCAUGGAAAUUGUAAAAAAGUGAUCCUGAAUACAGUUAGAGUAGAUUAUUACAACAUACGAUGGUUUGCCAUCGCCGAA